CGGUGACAUUUCUAUUUAAAGAGCGACCUGAGUCAGGAAACCUGGGCUCCAUAAUGACGGGGCUUCGAGAAUCUCUCCAUUAAACUGGCAGUGUAAAAAGAAAGAGGAGCGAAAAUGGAAAACUUGGAAGCUUGCAUUCCUGCAGAAACGGAUAAAAUUGAGCCAGUAUACGCCUCGCUGGAGGAUGAGACGUGUGAAGGUGGAGUGUUAGAAACGGGGGAGGAAGAAGAACUUGGAGAAAGCCUAAAGGAUGCCAUUAAAGAUCAGUCGGUAAAACCUAAGGUGAAUUACAUUAUUUCAAGUUCGUCCUUCUCCAUGGUGACAGUUCAAAGUGAGGACAGUGGAAUUAUAUGGGAGACCGUUUCAAGCAGCCGAUGCUCCACGCCAUGGGCAUCAGAAAGCACAGCCUCCGAUGUUUACAGCGUGGAAAGCGCCCCUAUGAGUGCUCCGCCAGGAAAAGUAAUAUUCAUAAUGGAUGAGUUGCCCCAGUCUCCAUGCACGGAUGAACGUCAAAGUGGGAAAGUUAGUAAAACUGAAAAACGCCAUAUUGGGAUAACUGAUCUGAAGACAGGAGAAUUAAAAGAUGCCCCGAAGAAACCUAGAAAUAAUUCGUGCGUUUUGAGAACAGAACCAGGAAAAAAAGAACCAACUCUGAUAUUCAAUACUGCAACAGAGAAAGUGGCAAAAUCAAAACCGUUGCAGGAUUCUAAAACCGAGACAGAUCUUCAGUCGCCAAUUGAGCACCAUCCAAUGGUAUCAAAAAUAGCAGGAAAAUCCAAUAAUGAUGGAAAUGAAGCGUGUGAGGUGUUUUCCUCUGUUCAAGAGAGUGUGCAACAACAUACCCCAGUACACUGUCAAAAAAAUUUUAAUAAAAACGGAGUUGAACGGAAUAUGCAAAACAUAAUUCUGAACAAUCACAGUUUAAACAAUUCAUUUCCAACCACACCUGAACAACAAAUACAUACCUCUUCAAUACAACUGAGAAAAAAGGAAGAAUCAGAAACUGCUUUGAAACAUGUCUUAGAAGCAAGAAUUAGUUCAGCUUUACCAGAAAAUAAAGAAGAUUCAUGGCUGUCUGCAACAAUUGGUUCAGAGCCUGUCGUAGUUUCACAGUUAAGAGAGCCUUGUACAGACACAGAUAACUUACUUUCAGCAGACAAAGAAAUAACAACGAAUGGAACAGUUCCCACAAGCACGGAUGACUUGAGAAAGACUGUAGUUGCUGGCUCAGAUACCCAUCAGUUCUUGUCUCAUGAAACAUUUAUUUCAGACUUCAAAAGUUUAGCAUUUGACACAGAUCCAACGCCUGUCCCAUUAAAGGAUAAUUAUUACUUAAAUGAAAGUGCAGCUGGUAAAAUAUUUGCAAAAGAAGAUCAAUCUUAUUCAAUGGCAGAUCCAGAAGGCAAAUAUCCAAAUACUUCUGUAACCAGCAGUUCAGAGCUUACUAAUCCUGUGGGAAGUCUACCAUCAGGAGUAACUUGUAAAGUUACAGACAAUUCCAUAUCAGCAAUCAAAGAUGAGGGCAUGGAAACUGUAAAUGUGGAUUUGAAAAAUUUGUCUUUCACUCCAGCUGGUGGAAUUUUUCCUGAUACCAUAUCGCCCUAUUGCCCAGAAAAUCAAAAAACCACAACAAAUGAAAAUCUGUUCCACUCGAGGACAAGUCCUGAACCUUUAGAAGUGAUAGAUGUAGAGCUGAAUGGUUCCUUAUCCAGCACAACUCAUAGAACCCCUGAGGAUGCCUCUCAAUCACAGUUAGUAGAGCUGGAAAAAAUAAUAGUAGAUGAACUAAACUAUAAAGAAAAUACAGAAAGUCAGAAAGCUAUUUUCAAUAUUGUGGCUGAAGGCUCUGAGAUAUUAAACAUUGUUGCUCCAGCACAAGUUUGUUCUGUGGAUCAAGAGGCAUGUAGCAAAAUGCAGGACAACCUGAUCUAUUUGGAAACAAAUCCUGAUAUGAAAAGAAAAUAUUUUGAAAAUAAUUUUAAUAGAGUGGAACAUGAACCGCAAUCAAGAUUACUGGAUGCAUCAGAACACAGUGAGCUGGAACAAAGUGCAAAUCCUUCCAAUUCAUGGAGCUCCAAUCCUUUCACUGUAGGGGAAUCCAAACCUUCCUCUGUGGUACAUUCCAAUCCCUCCCGCACAGCAGGAUCCAAUCCCUCUCACACAGCAGGAUCCAAUCCCUCCCACACAGAGGGAUCCAAUCCCUCCCACAGAGUGGGAUCCAAUCCCUCCCAUGCAGAGAGAUCCAAUCCCUCCCACGCAGUCGGAUCCAAUCCUCCUACAGUUCAAGUAUCCAAUCCUUCUGUUGUUGCAGGAUCUAAUCCCAGUUCCAUUGAACAAUCCUCUGCAAUUGCUGCAUCUGCAAGUAAAGAUGAAAAUGGGGAGGACGAUUAUUUUGAAAAAUAUACUUUGGUGGAUGAACAAGUCCCUGUUGACCUAGAGAUAGCGGAACUGAAACCACAGGAAGUGCCAAGUCCAGAGGUGGACAACCCUGCAGAGUCAAAACUGAAAAGUACGUCAUUUUCCGAAGAUACAGCAGUUUUUAAUUUUGAUGAAUUUGAUGUGUCAGGAAAUCCUGAAACCCUUGAUGGUACAACAGGAAAGCAUGGAACAACAGAAUUUUCUGUACAAGCACCCAUCUCUGAACUAUGCAAUAAAGGAAGGCAAGAAGAUAUUAAUAAAAAUAUUACAGAUGCACUAAAUCAAAAGGAAGCUGGUUCGUUGUUAUUUAGCAUGGAUGAAGGAGUCCUGUCGCGUUCCUAUAGUUUUCCUAUAUCGACCAAAUUGAUUGAUCUUGCACUUCUGGAGGAACCACCUGCAUUAGCGUUUUAUUAUAAGGAUCUUUACGAGGAAGCUAAGGGACGAAAAGAACAAAACGGUGACCAGUCAGAUGAAGAAAGUAGUAAUCCUGAAUUUUCAUUCCCUUGUCAGUCAUCUGAUACAGAUGAUGGAAAUGGAUUAUACUUUGAAAAGUAUGUUCUGAGGGAUGAUAUUCUUGAGUCUUCAAGAGAAUUUAUACCAGAGGGAUCAUCUCGUUGGCUGGAAGCAGUAUCACAAAAUGAUGCAAUUGGUGCAGAAAAAGAUAUAUUGUUUUCAGAAAGUGAAGACCACGUUCCAGAAGUAUUCACUGAUGAAGCAAAAAUUCCUACACAAAAAAUAGAUUCUGAGAAAGUUUUGGAGGUACAGAAAGAGUGUGAAGAAAAAUCUGAGAUCAGCAAGAGUAUAUAUGAGGACAAUAACAUUUUGUCAGAAGUUCGAUCUCUAAAAUCUGAGGAAGUAUCAGAAGAACCAGGUAAGGCAAUUGAGCUAAUGGGAGAGAAUAUUAAUCAGCUGGUGAGUGAAGAAAUACAGACCAGCCAAGUAGCAUCUUUUGAAGAAACGCUUUAUGUAGAAGACAUAGAGAAGCCUGCUUCUAAUGUUGAAGAUCACUUAGAUACUGGACAGCUUGCCAAUAUAAUUGACUCCUUUGAAGAAUAUGGAAACCCUCCAAGUGAAGCAGGAUUAGAAGAAGUGAGUAAUACCUUGACAUCUGUGAAAAUCAAGGAUAUUCAGGAAGACGUAUUCCAUGGGGAAACAUCCGUUGAUCAGAUUGUUCCUGUUCCAAUAUACCAGCCUCAAUCUGCUGAACGAGAAGGAUCUGAAUGCAAGCCUGAGGUUGGAUACCCUCCUGCUGAAUUAGGAGAAGAAACUGAAUAUGAAGGACCUGGAGAGUCGAUAAAGGCUGAAAAUAAGGUGCAUGAUCAAAUAAAUAACAAUGAGCCCACUGUAGAGAUUGAUGAAAUAGAUCCACAGAUUGUAAUUGAAGAAUAUGGGGAAGUAGAUCAUUCUGCAAAAAUGGAUCAAGAAGCUUGUAAAGAUGUUCUGAAAGGAAUCACGCAUUUUGUUGAUCAACAGUUAUAUUUAACGGAGAGUCCUGGAACCAAUGAUGAAAUGUUGGAUGUUGGAAUUAUCUAUUCACAGCGUACUGAAUGCGUGGCAAAGGAUGAGUUCAACCUUGAAAGUCUGAACCAAGAAAAGGCAAGAAAAGAUGAAGCAAGUUCUCAAAUAAUGAAUGACAAGAUUAUAUCAGGACCUGAUCAUUAUGAAGUUAUACUGGACCCUGCUAAAGAAAUGCAGGAAGAAGAAUGCCUCAAUGGGGACAUUGUGCAACCCCUACAGAGUGAAUGUGAACAAUUUGAAGUAGCAACACAGGAAACACUUAAUGACAUAAUAACAUGUGAACAAGAUUCAAGGCAUAUUUCUGAUGAUUUUCAAACAGAGCAUAAGACAAGAACUGAGCAAGAUUCCCAAACUGAUGGAAAAGCCACUGAGCCAGAAGAUUAUGAAACGGACAUUCCACAACAGCAUUACCCGCAAGAAAAUGUCCCCAGUCAUGUAGAUGAAACACACCUUCAAGAAAACCCAGAGAAUUUAUUUGUGAAAGCCAUAGAAGAACCCAGUCAUUUGCUUUUAUUGGAAGAUGUGAAAACUAUAGAUGAUGGUAAUGUAUUUGAAAUCUGUAAUGAUGCUCUGGAUAUUGAGGCUAAAGAAUUGCAUGAACCUGCUCCAGAAAAAGUGGAAGACACCCAUGUUGAGGCAAGGAAAGAAGAGGAUGUAGACGUGCUGAUCUCUCAGAAACCACCAAAACCAGCAGAUACCUUUUGUAUUACCUGUGGGCUUCCAAUUUUUGCAAUUGAUAAGCUCUUUGGAGAACAUCAAGAUCAUGAUGUCAUAGCAAUAGAUACAGCUGUGGUAAAAAUAAAGGAAAAAUUGGAUGAGUAUGUGCAAGCAGCAGGAGGAAAGGCAAACAGAAUGGAAGAAAUUGUGGCAGAACUUGAAGAUGUUUUCAAUUCUGUUGAUGAAAACUAUGCCAAGGAGGAAAAAUUUCUUGAGGAGCAGCACGAGGAAGUAAUGAAGCUGCUGCUGUCACAGUACACAGAAAUGUCACAGGUCCUGGAAGAGGAGAAGAAAAUGAAACUGGAGCAUUUGUGUGACCAGAUGGCCCAUUAUCGAUGUGGCAUUGAUUCUGCAAAGGAAGCUGUUGAGAAGACGAGGAAGUGUAUUGAGCUCGAUGACAUUACAUUCCUAAAGUCCUACAGAAUGAUCAAUGACAGUGUGAUUUCUGCUUUGGAGGCUGCAAUCUCUGUGGAUUUAAAGCCAAGUUGGUGCUCCUCUUUUGAAGAUCUCGCUGUCAAAUCUCCAAGACCUGGGUUUGAGUCACUUAAAAAUUUGCCUGUUCCACAGUCUCCAACAAUUGUUCCUCAGGAGCCCAACACUGCAACAAGCACAACAAUAACCAUCUACUGGACUGUUGGGGAGGAAGAUGUUAUUGAUUAUUUCCAGGUGUACUGUAUGGAUGAAUCGGAGGGAGGUGUGGCUGAUGAAUACAAGAUGGCAGUGAAAGAAAGUUACUGUACGUUAGACAAUUUGGAACCAAACAGGUGUUAUCUGGUCUGGGUGAUGGCAGUGAACUUUGCAGGGUGCAGUUUGCCCAGUGAGAAAGUCAUCGUUCAGACUGUGCCAUCAGCCCCCAUCAUUAAGGCUGAGGAAUGCACUGUGUGCUGGGACAGUGUCACUAUCCGCUGGACUUCGGCAGAUCUUGAAGCCGUUGAAUACUUUAUCCUCGAGUUCCACAGACAAAGUGAUUUUAAAAAGCCAACUUUCAGGUCAAUAGCAGGAAUCAGAGGGUGUGAGCUGACAGUCAGGCUGCAGCCACUUGAGAGCUUUCUUUUCUUUGUGAAAGCUGUGAACACUCUUGGAUCAAGUGACACGAGCAAGCCAGCACUGAUUUCCACUAAAACUACUCGCUUUCAACUGAACAAAGAAACAGUCCCUCCGUAUUUGCAGCUGUCUGAAGACGGGACAGUAAUUCACUUUGACGAGCUAGCCAUGGAAAAUGAAAGCUGCCUGACUGAUUGCUCUGCUGUUCUUGGAGAACCUUUACCUGCUCGUGGUCGACAUUAUUGGGAAGCAGUAGUAGACAGAUGUGAGGCCUACAGGAUUGGAGUAGCAAAUCCCAUCAUUACAACUGGUUCACUGGGGAGAAACAGAAAAUCAUGGUGCAUGCGAUAUUAUGCGACACCCAAAGGGCAUAAAUAUGAAUUUCUUCAUAAUGGUGCAUCACAUGAUGUCCUUAUCACUGAUUUCCCAGCAAGAAUUGGUGUUUUUGUGGACUGUGACAUUGGUCAAUUGUCAUUCUUCAAUGCCGAAAGUGGACAGUUACUUCAUACCUUCCACCACCAAUUCACUGACCUCAUCUGCCCUGCAUUUGUAGUUGAGAAGCCUGGAUUUCUAACUGUCUGCACCGGAGCUGAAUUGCCUGAGUUUGCUAAAUGCAGUUAAUGUCAUUCAUUUUACAAAGUCUUUAAUUGUCCAUAUUUUUGAACAGUAGCUAAUGACCAUUGCAGUGUUUUCUUUUUCAUGAGGGCACCCCAAACUUAACCUGGUACAUAAUCAAAGGCAUGCCUGUCCCAUCAGAAGUGAAUUAUUAUUCAUUCAGCAUGAAAGAUUAUUGACAAAUAAAGCUUGCCUCUGCAAUUCAAUUAAAUAUGCCCAUUCGAGCAAAAAGAGAAACAUGUUCCAUUUUGCUCACAUGCUACCAUGAGGCUGUCAAUCGUACAAAAACCUACUUUCAACCAAGAAAAGGUACUCACUUGGGAAUUUUUACUUAUUUGUCUUAUCUCCAUCUAUUGAACUGGAGUCUGAUCUGAGCCAAUCCCAGGCUUUACAUAUUAUCGCCUAAUUUUGAUUAUUUUUUAAGAUUUAAGUAUUAUAAUCAUUGCACUUCCACUAUUUCAAUGGAAACGUUUUGUAGAUCUUGUUGGAAGAUAUGGCCAUUUUGAUCCAAUUAGGCAUUCUCUCAGUUAGCAAAAGGUUAUGCUCAGGAGCUGAGUAACUAUUGAUUUAAAAUAUGCAUUUUAUUUAAUGAUGUGUUUGUAUCCUAGCCAUCAUGUUUACUGUAAUAAGAAAUAUGUCUUCAGGUGUUGCAUUACAUUAAUAGCUUUUUCAUGGUAUUGCAUAUUUGCUAAAGUAGCAUUGCUAUCUGGAUUGUUUCAGGUAUUCCAAAUUAUUUAACAUGGAUGGACUUGCUUGAAAAGUUUUCUUUUCAUACUGCAGCCAUAUUUGUUGUAGAGCUUCAUUAACAAAGUAACGUGUUAUGAUGUACAAACUUUGGAUAUAAAU